UUCCGGGUAUCUGUACUGCAAUCCGGAGUACGGGCCGGGGGGAAGUGAGGCUUCCAAAAACGAUCCCCCGAAACCCGACUCUUAGUGCUUUCUGCCGCAGAUUUCCCGUCUCAGCGCCCGGAGAGGGGGCGUCACAGUCGGGAAGGGGGCGCUACUCGCGGACGGCGGCGGCAGAAUUUCACUUCACCGGCACAGGGACCAUAAGCUUUCUGCACCGAUUUCUACCCCACCCCAUCCGUGCAUAUGCAUCCCGAAAACAGGGUGCGUUAUUAAAUCAGUAGCCCUAAUCUGGUGUUGACUGCACUUGCUGCCUGCUGCAUCUCCAUCCAUCCAUCGGCCCACCCAUCCAUCGCGGAAGGCUGGUUCGGCUGGUAAUCGUGCUCCACCUCCUGAGACGCGGGAGUCCCUGGUCGAAUAUCCCGUCUUCGAUCGGGGACUUGUGGCCCAUAGGGGGUGGGGGUUCAACCGCAGUCUCCAGAGUAUCCUUGUGCUCUCCCCUUAUAUUUCGAAAUAUAGUUAUCUAAGCAGGUGUACAGCCUGCUCCCCGUCUACCUCAGCCUCCCAUUUUCUCAUUCUCGUUGAAAUCUGUCGCUCCGUCGCUGGCCAGCAUUCAUCUUGCUCUUCAUCGAGUCCAGCUCAUCUCUCACAAGCUUUCUAGCGGCGAUCACUACCCGGCUGUACAGUGACCUGCCCUCACGCUUGGGGAAAAACCCCUUUCACGACACCAGAAUCGCGGCUCCAACGGGAGAGCCCGCUGCUCCGCUUACUUAAGCUUCGCCGAGUCCUGCAGGCAAACGAGCUCCCAGCAGCCGGAGCUCCCGCCGCUCGCCAUGCCCGGCCCCGUGGCCGGUAGCAAAUCUCGGGUUUACGCCGAUGUCAACACGCUGAAGAGCAGGGAGUACUGGGACUAUGAGGCCCAUGUGCCCAACUGGAGCAACCAAGAGGAUUACCAGCUGGUGCGCAAACUUGGCAGGGGAAAGUACAGCGAGGUCUUUGAAGCCAUCAACAUCAACAACAAUGAGAAGGUGGUGGUCAAAAUCCUCAAGCCCGUCAAGAAGAAGAAGAUCAAGCGGGAGAUUAAGAUCCUGGAGAACCUGCGGGGGGGAACCAACAUCAUCCGGCUGGUGGACACAGUGAAGGACCCUGUGUCUCGUACCCCAGCCCUGGUCUUUGAAUGCAUCAACAACACAGAUUUUAAGGAGCUGUAUCAGAAGUUAACUGAUUUUGACAUUCGUUACUACAUGUACGAGCUACUUAAGGCUUUGGACUACUGCCAUAGCAUGGGCAUUAUGCACCGAGACGUCAAACCUCACAAUGUGAUGAUCGACCACCAGAUGCGGAAGCUGCGUCUGAUCGACUGGGGCCUGGCAGAGUUUUACCACCCAGCACAGGAGUACAACGUCAGGGUGGCGUCACGCUACUUCAAGGGCCCAGAGCUGCUAGUGGACUAUCAGAUGUAUGACUACAGUUUGGACAUGUGGAGUCUGGGCUGCAUGUUGGCCAGUAUGAUCUUCCAGAAGGAGCCUUUUUUCCAUGGGCAGGACAACUACGACCAGCUGGUCAGAAUUGCCAAAGUUCUGGGGACCGAUGACCUAUUUGUCUACCUGCGCAAGUACCACAUCGAAUUGGACCCGCGCUUCAAGGACCUUCUGGGCCAGCAGACACGGAAACGCUGGGAACAGUUUGUUCAGUCGGAGAACCAGCACCUGGUGAGUCCCGAGGCCUUGGACCUGCUGGACAAGCUGCUGCGCUAUGACCACCAGCAGCGCCUGACAGCCACCGAGGCCAUGCAGCACCCCUACUUCUAUCCUGUUCUGAAGGACCAGUCUCUCUCCAACACCGGUGGUUCUCUGGCGUCCAGCGGCUCUACUGCGGCACGAUGAGAUCAGGAAAAUAUUUACCUCAGUUUUCCACCCCUUUGUGGCAGAAACAUGUUCAAGUGUACAGAGACUGGGUUGUUGUCCGUUACUCGCACACAUGUAUAUGCACACUCUCACACACACUCACAUGCACUCUCUCACUCAAGCUCACAUGCACACGCAGUCUCUCUGUAUUGGGGUGGCUGUCCCCAGUCAUUCCCAGCUACCAGGUUAAUGAGGUUGAAAGAACAUCUCAGUGCUGCCCUUAUCUUGUAUGUUAAAAGAAUUUUGAAAUUAAAGAAUUCCCCCCCACCCCCGUCCCCCAUCAUUACCCCUCAGGUUCUUGGAAACUAUCCCCAGCCCCAUAAGAACAAGCAUGGGGAGGGAAGAGAAGAAUGAGUUUACCCCCACCCCUCCCGACCCCACCCUGCCCCCAAGUUCUGUGUUCAGCCCUGCGGACCUGAUCUCUCACAUCGGGCUGUACUACCGAAGUGACAUUGUGGACCUUUCUCUGCUAUAGGUGUAAUAAUAUUCAUAAGAAUAAAUGAUUUUUAUUUAGA